AUGGGCCUCACCUCGAAGCUGAAAUCUUGGUCUCAGGAGCUCACUCCGUAUUUCAUCUACCUUCUGUUUGUCGCGACUCUCGGCCCUCUGCUCUUUGGCUACCAUCUGGCCGAACUCAAUGCCCCCCAGGAUGUCAUUACAUGCACAAAGAAGUCCAUCACAUCCAAAAAGCCUCCCUCAUCCUCCGCCGGCUUACCACAAUGUAUCCCCAUGAACGCGACUCAACUCGGACUCGUAUCCUCCAUUUUUACGCUGGGCGGUCUUGUCGGUGCUCUUGCCGCUGGCCCCUUCUCAGCCCGAUACGGCCGCCUUGUCGUGAUGCGAGUCAACACUUUUCUCCUCGUGCUAGGCCCCGUCGCUGAAGCUCUUGCCCCUAACAUCGGCGUGCUAUCGACAGGACGAUUCAUCUCUGGUCUGGGCGCCGGCGUCUCCGUGGUCGUUGUCCCCAUCUACAUCUCGGAAAUUGCCCCUCCGAAGGAGAAGGGCUUCUUCGGCGCAUUCACCCAAAUCAUGACGAACAUGGGCAUCUUCACCACUCAGGUUUUGGGCUACUUCCUCAGCCAUGGACAAAUGUGGCGCGUGAUCCUUGCCGUUGCGGGCAUGCUAGGUGUCCUGCAAUGUCUAGGGCUUGUUUUGGCGGUGGACAGUCCCCAGUGGCAGGCUGAUCACGGGGAUCCGAGACAGGCAAAGGCCAAUCUUAAGAGGAUUCGAGGGCACGAUGCGGAUAUAGAUGAGGAGGUAUCUGGGUGGAGGGCCCAGGCUGUAGAGGAGGGAAAUGAAGAACAGCAAACCCUCCUUAUUAACACUGACCACAUCUCUCACACACACACUCACACCUCACCUCGUCCAGACCUCUCCACUGUCAAGCAAGAACCUCUCGGUAUACUCGCGGUUCUCCGAUCUCCAACCCACAACCGAGCCAUUCUCGCUGUCAUGGUCGUCAUGAUCGCCCAACAGCUUUGCGGCAUCAACAGCAUCAUCAUGUACGGCGUAUCCCUCUUAGCUGACUUACUGGCGAGCAAUUCGGCACUGUUGAACAUCUUCGUCAGCAUACUGAAUGUGGUGGCGACGACGGGGUUUGCACCGCUUGUGGAUGUGUUGGGGAGAAAACCGUGUAUUUUGGCUUCGAUUGGUGGAAUGGGGAUUUCGUCUGUGCUCCUGGCUAUUGGAAUUCAAUCUUCGAUUCCGAUCCUCUCGGCGAUAUCAGUGCUGCUCUUUGUGGCAAGCUUUGCAUUUGGACUUGGUCCUGUGCCCUUCAUCCUGUCUUCUGAGCUGGUCGGAUCAGAAGCGGUGGGCGCCACACAGUCCUGGGCUUUGGCGGCGAAUUGGAUCUCGACGUUCAUCGUGGCUCAAUUUUUUCCCAUGGUCAAUGAAAGGCUGGGGAAAGGAGUUGUGUAUUUUGUCUUUGCCGCCAUUGCGGGUGCUUUCUUUGUUUUUGUCUCAUGGUAUGUGCCCGAGACCAAAGGCAAGAAGGAUGUCGACGAGGUUUGGGGAAGGGUGCCGCGGCGGGAAGAUUGA